AUUUGUUGUUGAGCAGUCGUCGACCAUUGCGACAGCUAACAUCAUCACAUCACCACAAGUCUUACACAAAAAAGGUAGUUCAGAGACUCUUGAGGGUGGAAUCCCUCCUUGGACAGCUUUAACACACUCAAUUAAAGCCUGAAGACACAUUCCACUGGUGAUUGGACAGGAUGUUGAGCCGUGUUCCUCGUUUGGCUUCAUCCGCCUCCUCAGGCGUGGUCCCACGGGGCGUGGCGGCCGCCGUGAAACGAGACUAUGCCGCCGUAGCUCCCACCAAAGUCGAAUGCUUCAUCGAUGGCAAGAAAGUCUUGGUGGAUCCGGGCACCACCGUCCUCCAGGCGGCUGCUCUGGCUGGUGUGGAGAUCCCGAGGUUUUGCUAUCACGACCGUUUGUCCAUUGCCGGUAAUUGCCGCAUGUGCUUGGUGGAAGUAGAAAAAUCGGCCAAACCCGUGGCGGCUUGUGCCAUGCCCGUGAUGAACGGUUGGAAGGUCAAGACCAAUUCGGAUUUCACGCGGAAAGCGCGGGAAGGUGUCAUGGAGUUCUUGUUGGUGAACCAUCCUCUGGAUUGUCCCAUUUGUGACCAAGGUGGUGAGUGCGACUUGCAAGAUCAGUCCAUGGCCUUUGGCUCGGACCGAUCUCGUUUCACGGACAACGAUAUCUGCGGGAAACGGGCUGUGGAGGACAAGAAUCUGGGUCCCUUGGUCAAGACCGUUAUGACGAGGUGCAUCCAUUGUACCCGUUGUGUGCGGUUCGCUUCUGAAGUGGCCGGAUGUGAAGACCUCGGAACCACUGGACGUGGGAAUGAGAUGCAGAUUGGCACUUAUGUGGAGAAGAUGUUGAUGACGGAGUUGUCCGGCAACGUGAUUGAUCUUUGUCCCGUGGGAGCACUCACCUCCAAACCCUACGCCUUCAUGGCCAGACCUUGGGAGACACGAAAAACGGAGACCAUCGAUGUCUUGGAUGCCAUGGGAAGCAACAUUGUCGUCACACACAGAACUGGAGAGGUGUUGAGGAUCUUACCGCGCAUGAAUGAGGACAUCAAUGAGGAGUGGCUUUCGGACAAAUCUCGUUUCGCUUGCGAUGGUUUGAAGCGUCAACGUCUCACUGAACCGAUGAUCAAGAACAACAACGGCGAAUUGACCCCUUGCUCUUGGGAGGAGGCCAUCGUGACCGUGGCCAAGGUUUUGGACUCCACGGCCGGCGAUAAGAUGGCCGCCGUUGCGGGUGGCCAGGUCGAUGCUGAGGCCCUGAUUGCCUUGAAAGACAUGUUCAACCGUCUUGGAUGCGAAACUCUGGCCACCGAAGAGAUAUUUCCCAUGGAUGGCACGGGUACCGAUUUUCGAUCCAAUUACUUGCUAAACACUGGUAUUGCUGGUGUGGAAGACGCGGAUUUGGUCUUGUUAAUUGGAACCAAUCCUAGAUACGAGGCUCCCCUGUUUAACGCUCGUUUAAGGAAAUGCUGGAUCCACAAUGAAUUGGACGUGGCCAUGGUUGGUCCAAAAGUAGACCUCACUUACGAUUACGAACAUUUGGGGGAUUCGUCCAAUGCCAUUGAGGAGCUGUCCAAUGGAUCGCAUCCCUUCUUCAAGAAGUUGGCCGCGGCCAAAAAUCCCAUUGUGAUUGUGGGAUCUGAGUGCUUGCAACGCGAAGAUGGAGGCGCCGUGUAUACUCACGUUCAGAAGUUGGCCGAAGCCAUUAAGGCUCAAAGUGGAUGUCCAGAUGAGUGGAAGGUCCUCAAUGUUCUCCACAGAGUCGCUAGCCAGGUGGCUGCUUUAGAUAUCGGAUAUCAAGCUGGUGUCUCUGCCGUUCGCGAGGCCAAACCCGAUGUUCUCUUCCUUUUGGGUGCCGAUGCUGGUGCAAUCACCCGAGCCGAUUUGCCCAAAGAUUGCUUUGUUAUCUAUCAGGGUCACCAUGGCGAUGCUGGGGCUGAAUUAGCAGAUUGUGUCUUGCCUGGUGCUGCAUAUACGGAGAAACAAGGGACUUAUGUCAAUAUGGAGGGUCGAGCUCAACAAACCAUCCCCGCUCUGACUCCACCUGGUCAGGGUAGGGAUGAUUGGAAAAUCAUCAGAGCUUUGUCUGAGGUCGUGGGUGAAACCCUUCCGUACGACACCCUUCCCGAGAUCCGAGCCCGUUUGAACGAGGUGGCCCCCAAUUUGACGAGGUAUGGAUUGCUGGAAGAGGCCAAUUUCUUCAAAGAGAGCGCCAAAUACGCGGCCGAGAAGAACAAGAACUCCAUCUCGAACCAAUCGAUCGACGUGAAGAUCAAGGUCCUCGAGGACUUCUACAUGACGGACCCCAUUAGCAAGGCCUCGCCCACUAUGGCCAAGUGUGUGGCAGCAGUGAAGCAGCAAAAGCAGGCACAAUAUGUCAAAUCAUAAGCGUGUAAAUUAAUAAAAUUAUGCUACUA